AUGGAGAAACUUUCAGAGUUCAGACUUCACUCUGAAAGUUCCCAUGGCUGUUGUCUGAAGAUUAGUUUGCAGGAUCCAGACUCAGGAUCUCUGGGCUGCGCGGGACUAUUCAGAACCCAUAAGUUGUUGUCAGAUGCAUCACAGCCCCUGGAAAGCCAGAACUUUUCUCCAGUGGUUUGCGAUGCAGUGAUUACAUCUAAUGGUUCAUUGACUGACAAAUACAAAUAUAUCCAGAAACUCCGAGAAAGCAGAGAACGUGUUCAGUCCCUUUCAAUGAGUCCCAAGAAGAAAGUGUUGGUGCUUGGGUCUGGCUAUGUAUCUGGGCCUGUUUUAGAAUAUCUGUCAAGAGACAACAACAUAGAAAUAACAGUAGGCUCUGACAUGGUGAACCAAAUGCAACAGUUAAGCAAGAAAUACAAUAUUAACCCUGUUAGUGUGAAUGUUGCUAAACAAGAAGAGAAGCUGCAAUCCUUGGUAGCGUCUCAGGAUCUUGUUAUCAGCUUGUUGCCUUAUGUGUUGCAUCCUGUUGUGGCCAAGGCAUGCAUCUCAAACAGAGUCAACAUGAUCACUGCGAGCUACAUCACACCAGCCAUGAAAGAACUGGAGAAGAGUGUGGAUGACGCUGGCAUCACAGUCAUUGGUGAAUUGGGAUUAGAUCCUGGUCUUGAUCACAUGUUGGCAAUGGAAACAAUUGAUAAGGCCAAAGAGCUGGGAGCCACGAUUGAGUCUUAUGUUUCCUACUGUGGUGGCCUUCCAGCCCCUGAAUAUUCAGACAAUCCCUUGCGAUAUAAAUUCAGCUGGAGUCCAGUGGGAGUCUUGAUGAACAUAAUGCAGCCUGCUAGCUAUCUGCUCAACGGAAAGGUUGUGAAUGUGACAGGGGGAGUCUCUUUUCUCGACUCUGUCACAUCCAUGGAUUACUUCCCAGGCCUGAAUUUGGAAGGGUAUCCUAACAGAGAUAGUACACGAUAUGCUGAAAUUUAUGGGAUUCCAUCUGCCCACACGUUGUUGAGGGGUACACUGAGAUAUAAGGGAUAUUCUAAAGCUUUGAAUGGAUUUGUAAAGUUGGGUCUCAUCAACAGAGAAGCAUAUCCUGCCCUCCUACCUGAGUCCAACCCUCUCACCUGGAAACAGCUCCUGUGUGACCUAGUUGGAAUUUCCCACUCCUCUUCGUGUGAGAAGCUUAAGGAAGUUGUCUUUACAAAGCUGGGAGGGGACAGUACCCAGCUUGAGGCUGCUGAAUGGUUGGGCUUAUUGGGGGAUGAGCAGGUCCCUCAGGCAGAGUCUAUUGUGGAUGCAUUCUCCAAGCACUUGGUCUCAAAACUCUCCUAUGGCCCUGAAGAAAAAGAUAUGAUUGUGAUGAGAGACAGCUUUGGCAUCAGGCAUCCCUCUGGACAUUUAGAAAAUAAGAUCAUUGAUCUUGUGGUUUAUGGAGACUUCAAUGGCUUUUCAGCAAUGGCUAAAACUGUGGGGUUACCGACAGCCAUGGCAGCUAAAAUGUUGCUGGAUGGUGAAAUUGAAGCCAAAGGCCUAAUGGGGCCAUUUACAAAGGAGAUCUAUGGGCCAAUAUUGGAGCGGAUUAAAGCAGAAGGCAUUGUAUUUAAUACACAGAGCACAAUCAAGCCAUAAAUGGGAAUUCAUUUUUUUAGGCAUCAAAGCUGUCAAUUUGUGUAUGACAAACAUGGUUAUCAAUUUGCUAAAGCAUGAAGUUUUGUGUUUUGAGCAUAACUCAUUUAAAACAUGAAGCAUAUGUUUUGAGUAAGUUAAUGCAAUGGUGUUUUUAAAACUCAAAUCUCUAUUUUAGUAAAACUUUUGGAGUAGAAGAUGCCAGUCAUUACAGAGACCUUUAAUAAAUCUAUUGUGUAUUUUUGUGUAUAUAAAAGUGAUGAUGAUCAUAGUUUAA